AAUCUUUUUUUCUUUUUAUGCAAAUAGAUGUAUUAUUUGAUCUCUCUUGGAAAGAGCUUUUCUGUCUCGAAGAGUAAGACGUGUUUGAUCAUGUAUGUUCAUUAAUCAAAGGUUUCUCUAGUCUCACAUUAUCUUGUAAAUUAAAUCUUGGGGAGAGUCCUAGGCCCAAUCUGAGCGUUCUUCCAAAGGUGGAUUCUCCAUCUCGAGUUACUUACGAUUUGUUGAUAAUGUACUGAUCCUUGAUUGGGUAGCCUCACAUUGGAUUGCUUUUAAAACCUGUACUUUUUUGCUUCUCAAUAUUGUCCUCAUUCUGGGGUCUAAUAUUGGUUUCAACAACUCCAAGGUUGCUUGAACUACAUGCUUGAAUCGGAUGCAUUACUCUUACAAGUUUUCUAAAGAGCGAAAGAAAAACCUAUUGUCUAAUAAUGAGACCCUGAUAUUUGGCAUUCUGAAAAGCUUAAUCACCGGUUUUUGGCUGCCAGAUAACUUAUGGUAUGCGCUUACUGAUAAUGUUAUUGAUUUUAUUUAUGCAAUUCAUCCAACUAUUGAAACCUUAGUUGUUGACUUGAGGAAAAUGUCUCUUAGUUGCAAAGUUACAUUGAAAGUGGUAUCAUGCGUCCUUUCAACUGUUCUUGUAACAAAACUUAGUAGAUAUUUAUUCAUUAUGUUCCAUGUUGCUAUUAACCAAUUGACGCAUAUGGUGUCAUGUAUCCAAAUAGAAAUCUUAAUUGACAGUUUUGGCUGCUAGGAAACAUAAUGGUAUGCUGCUGCUGAUAAUGUUAUUGCUGCUAUUUAUGCUACUCAUCCAACUCCUAUGGAGAAAUAUGGAAGUUGUGGUUGAAAAGGUUUUAAUGCAUGACUUCAUUAUAAGAUAUAAUGUCAUGGCACCUAUGCUUGGACUAGUCUCUUAUUUACCCAUAUUGGAGACAUACUUCAUUAAUAACCUAGCAAGGGACACUUUUCUUUGCCAUGAGCAAUGUUGGGAUAAAGCGUCCCUGUGAGUGUACCAUUGCCCAUGAUAUAUCACUGGAAAAUGUUUCAAGAAUGCAUGAGCUUUCAGAAGCCUUCCAUGCUAUUUCCUUAAGACACACAUGCCUCAUGUCUAUCUUGGAGCAGUUUAGUAAACUGAGUUCUAGGGCUGGGAAACAUAAUGGUAUGCUGCUGCUGAUAAUGUUAUUGUUACUAUUUAUGCUACUCAUCCAACUCCUAUGGAGAAAUAUGGAAGUUGUGGUUGAAAAGGUUUUAAUGCAUGACUUCAUUAUAAGAUAUAAUGUCAUGGCACCUACGCUUGGACUAGUCUCUUAUUUACCCAUAUUGGAGACAUACUUCAUUAAUAACCUAGCAAGAGUAAGGAGUUUGCAAUUGGAACUCAAGUCUCGCAUUGAGGAGUUUGAGAAGCUUGACAAAUUCCAUAUGGAACAAAUGGAAGAAGAGGUUACCGUAAGAAAUGCCCACAUACAUCAACAAAAAGUUGGUAGCUUGGAAUGUUUUAUGGUAGCUAAGAGCAGUGUAGGAGAAUUUUCAAAAACUGAUAUUGUUGAAGCAUGGACACAUUGAAGAGACAUCUUCGUAUUUCUGGACCAGAGGGACUUAAUGAGCUAAGGAAAAUUGUUGAAAGGUUUGAGGAAAAGAUUUAUUCUACUGCCACAAGCCAGGUAUAUCCAUCAUGCUAGUAUUUACUCAACCAUUCCUCAAGACCUAUGAACAUUUUUUGUAUCUAUCCUUAGUGUAAAAGAUUAAAGUGCAAAACUUGAUAUUAUCUUAUCUUACUUUGUUAUUAAUAAUUUGAUGAAUUGAUAUAUUUUUAUUUUUACUUCUAAUUCAGUCUGAUUACCUUUGAAAAAUAUCUUUGAAGAUGUUGACAAUGGAAACAAAAUCUUUUAAUGCUACAACCAAUUCUUUGCCAUCCAACUCUGCUGGUCACAACAAAAAAUCCCCUAAUGACAAGAAAUCCCCUGCUAGGAAAAAGGCCCUCAGAUCCAGGUAACAACAUGAAGAAAAAUGUGUUUUUUUUAUGAAAUGCAACAAUCAAAAUUUUGCUUCUAUGAACUGCAACAGUGGAAAUUUUGCAUUUUAUGAAAUGCAAUGGUGGAAAUUUUGCUCUUAUGAAAUGCCACAAUAGAAGUUUAGCUAACACAUCAAUAUAUUCUUCUUUCAUUUUGUAGUUACACUUGACAUGCAUUACAUUUAUUGUGUGCACCCAUGUAUUAUAUGUGUACAUAUGUGUAUAAUUCUUUUUCUAUUUCCAUGGCUACACAUUCCUCUUAUUAGGCAAUAAAAAAUUUGUGGCUGAGCUUAAUUUAUGCAGGACGAUUUGUAUUGAAUAGGGUAUGGAAGCAGUCAAUGGCUGCUUCUUUCCUCCCUUCCUCUGGGUUGGAGGGAUAGGGUUAUGGAAAGGAGUAUCAAAUUAAUUGGAGCAAUGGUCUAUGAUUUGAGCUCUUGGAAGCGCAAAGGAGGGGUGCGCAUGGGAGUAGCUUGCUACUUCUUUUUCCCCUUUCCUUUGGAUUGGAUUAGGGGGUAGGGAUAGGGUUGUGUGUUAGCAUCUUGACUUGGAUGAUGUGGUACCAAGGCCGCAUUGGAUGACGCUUUGCACCCACGAGUGCCUAUUCAGCAUGCAAGUUGAUGGACCAAGGUUUGAUGAGAGAUCAUGUGAAGGCUUGGUUGCCACUCAAGCAGAUAGCAGACGACAUGCAGACUAGCUUGUAGGGCAACUUGACUUAGCCAAAAUUCAAGUGUUUAAUUAUAGGUCGUUAGUAUUUCCCUUCAAAGAAGUGGUCUUGAGAAUGGUUUCCAUGAGGAAUUAUAAUUUCUUUAGAUUUUUCAUUUUUUUAGAAAAUUAAUUAUGCGUACUCAAGCACCUAUGAUGCGUCUCGGUAUUUUUUCAUUUGAAUGAUAAAUCAUUCCAUAUAUUGUAAUGGAGGUUGAGAUCAUGCCCCCAUUUAAAUGAUAAAUCUCACUCAUUUUAUAAAUUGGACAAUAAGGAACCACCUUCCAUUUAAUCA